AUGGCCGUGCAGGCGCGCCACCUCUCACACUCCCGCGCCUUCAGCUUCAGAGCUAUGGAGGAUGCGGCGGUGGCCGGCACGGUGCUCAUGGACGACUACGGAGGGUGCGCGCCGGCGGUGGCGCCAGGGAUCGGGGGCACAACGACGGUGCUCAGCGACUUCCCGCGCGGCGACCUGGCGUGCGAUCACGCUUUCGAGCCGAGUAAGAGGCCGCGCGUUGUGGCGGGGCGGUUCUCGGAGGAUCAGAGCGUGGUGGUAAUGCGCCCGCCGGCGGCGCAGGUGGGCGACUUUCAGGGCAGAGUGCUGGGCUCCGGCGCGGCGUCCAGCAGCGGUAGGUGGGACAAUGGCGCGAGCGUUUCGCAGUCGCAGUUGCAGGGCCUCCUCCUGUCGAGGCUGUACCACCAGGACGUGGAGAUCGACGCGCUCGUAAGACUCGAGAGCAAGAGGAUCCGAGCGGGGCUGGAGGAGGCGCGGCGGAGGCACGCGCGGGAGCUGCUGGCCGCCGUGGAGCGCGCCGCGUCGGGGCGGGCGCGCGCCGCGGAGGCCGAGCUGGAGCUGGCGCUCCGCCGCAACGCGGAGCUGGAGGAGAAGGCCCGGCAGACGGGCGCCGAGUGCCAGGCGUGGAUGGGCGUCGCCAGGAGCCACGAGGCCGUCGCCGCCGGCCUCCGCGCCACCCUCGACCAGCUGCUGCUACAGUCGCCCUGCGCCUGCGCGGCGGCCGUCUCCGUUAACGAGGGUGCGGGUGCGGCGGAGGACGCGCAGUCGUGCUGCUUUGAGGCGCCCGCCGCCGACGCCGACGCCGCGUCCAACGAGGCCGCCGCAGCGUCGUCGUCUUGCAGAUGCAAGGCGUGCGGCGGCGGCGACGCGUGCGUGCUACUGCUCUCGUGCCGGCACCUCUGCCUGUGCCGCUCGUGCGAGGCCGCCGUGGACGCGUGCCCCGUCUGCUCCGCCGCCAAGAACGCCUCGCUCCAUGUCCUGCUCUGCUGA